GCCAGUUCUCUGCCAUAGCUCUGCUUUAGAUCCUCCUACAGUGCUCUCAACAAUAAAACUAGUAUUUAUCUAUGACUGAUCUUGGUGAAGAAUAUACUCCAGCUUUUGCUCCAUUUUUUGGUUUUGCAGGAUGCUGCUUUGCAAUGGUUUUAAGUUGUGCUGGUGCUGCCAUUGGCACUGCGAAAUCCGGUAUUGGUAUAACUGGUAUCUCUACUUUCAAGCCUGAUAUUAUAAUGAAAUCGUUAAUACCUGUGGUUAUGUCUGGUAUUUUAUCUGUUUACGGUUUGGUCGUGGCAGUUUUGAUUGCAGGAAACUUAUCCCCAACUGAAAAUUAUUCAUUAUUCAAUGGAUUUAUGCAUAUGACUUGUGGUUUAUCUGUUGGGUUUGCAUGCUUAUCUUCAGGUUAUGCCAUUGGUAUAGUCGGCGAUGAAGGAGUAAGAAGAUUCAUGCAUCAACCAAGAUUAUUUGUUGGUAUCGUAUUGAUUUUGAUUUUCAGUGAAGUUCUCGGAUUGUAUGGUAUGAUUGUAGCUUUGAUUUUGAAUACAAAAGGAAGCGGUUAAAUUAUAUUUUAAAUAAUCAAAUAGAAAUAAAACUAUACUAAAAUAUAAAACAAAAAACAAAAAAC